UGGCAUAAAAAGACCUUCUUUCAUUUAGUCUGGCACACAUAAGGAUCUGGAAGUGAGAGGGUGUGUUGUUGGAGUACUGAGGAGUACAAACACUAUCUGGCAUCAGGAGGAGUUGAACUGGUCUGAAACAGACACCAGAGGGGAAGAUCUAAUUCGGAAAGAGAUCUGGCCUGUUUCUAACCCACUAGGUGAGAUGACAAAGACUGUGGAGAUUGUUUUCCCUUUCCCCCAUGCUGGCAAGUGAUGAGGUCAUCUGAGUAAACUGCAGGUUUGUGCCACUAACAAAAAUGGCUAAACUGAGGACUGCCAUGAACCUGUGAGGUGAGGAAAUCUGCUGGAAAGUGCAGGAUCCAUUAAGGCAGAGAAGGAACUUUGUCACAGGAGCAAUAUUGUAUCUGAAGACUGAGCAUGUGACUGGCGGGGCUGCCGCCCAGGGGCAAUGAGGAGGACACCAAAGCCAGUCCGAGCUGGAGCAAGAGCCGGGGAAAUGCAAAGACAGCAGCAGGAGACGCUGCCAUGCGCCUGCACCGCGGAGCGGCCCGGAGGAUUAUUUGAACAUUUCCCUUUGCUUUUGGGGGGCCGGAUUGCAAAGGAACAGAGCCAUGCCCAGGAGGAGCAUCUUGGAGGUGAAGGUGCUGGACGUGCAGAAAAGGCGAACCCCCAACAAACACUAUGUGUAUAUAAUCAAAGUCACGUGGUCCAAUGGUUCCACAGAAGUCAUUUAUCGACGGUACAGCAAGUUCUUUGAUCUGCAGAUGCAGAUGUUGGACAAGUUCCCAAUGGAAGGAGGGCAGAAGGACCCCAAACAAAGGAUCAUCCCCUUUCUGCCAGGGAAGAUCCUGUUCCGCAGAAGCCACAUCCGAGAUGUUGCCGUCAAGCGUCUGAUACCUAUUGAUGAAUACUGCAAGGCUCUGAUCCAGCUGCCACCCUACAUCUCUCAGUGUGAGGAGGUUCUUCAGUUCUUUGAGACAAGACCCGAAGACCUUAAUCCCCCCAAAGAGGAACCCAUUGGAAAGAAGAAGUCUGGGUUUAUCCAGAGAACGGCUUCUUUCCUUCAGAGAGGCGGUGACUUGGCAUCAGUAGAUCCCAUGGUCCUGGAGCAGUAUGUGGUGGUGGCAGAUUACCAGAAGCAGGAGAGCUCUGAGAUCAGCUUGUGCGUGGGUCAGGUGGUGGAUAUCAUUGAGAAGAAUGAAUCAGGCUGGUGGUUUGUGAGCACAUCUGAUGAGCAAGGCUGGGUCCCGGCUACGUGCCUGGAAGCUCAGGAUGGUGUCCAGGAUGAAUUCUCAAUGCAGCCCGAAGAAGAAGAGAAGUACACAGUCAUUUACCCAUAUACCGCUAGAGACGAGGAUGAAAUGAACCUAGACAAAGGGGCUGUGGUAGAGGUGAUCCAGAAAAACCUUGAGGGCUGGUGGAAAAUCAGGUAUCAGGGUCAAGAGGGCUGGGCUCCAGCAUCCUAUCUGAAGAAAGGAACUGGAGAGAUGUUUACACAGAAAUUAGGAUCUGGCUCAUCCACCCACUCAUGUGCCCUGGAUCUGGAUGGUGUUCCCCGGCAGCAGAACUCAACAGGCCGAGAGAAGGACGGGCCCAACAACCAAAGAGAGGGAAGGUUUGAUGGUCGACCAUUACCGCAGGCUGACAUUCGACGCAAGUCGCCAAAGAUGAGGCAGAGGCCUCCUCCUCGCCGAGAUCUCACUAUACCACGUGGUUUGAACCUGCCUAAACCUCCUGUCCCUCCCCAAGUGGAAGAAGAAUAUUACACCAUUGCUGACUUCCAGACCAUCAUCCCCGACGGCAUCAGCUUCCACGCAGGAAUGAAAGUGGAGGUGAUCGAGAAGAACCUGAGUGGCUGGUGGUACAUUCAGAUUGAGGAGAAGGAAGGCUGGGCCCCAGCUACCUUUAUUGAUAAAUACAAGAAAACUAGCAAUGCUUCUAGACCUAACUUUCUAGCACCGUUGCCUAAUGAGAUGGCCCAGCUCCAGCUUGGCGAGGCCACUGCAGAGAGCAACACCAAUGAAGAAGCCACUGGGCCAUCCAGGCCUCUGCCUGAAGCUCCACCUAAUGGUAUAGACUUUGGAAUGAAAUGGGCCAAAGACUGGAAGGGGAAGGAGGCUCUCAAGAGUGCCCCCUCGGAGAGCGGCGAUGUAGCCGCUGGGUAUGAGGAGAUCUCUGAUCCGGAUACAGAGGAGAAGCCCAGUCUCCCACCCAGGAAAGAGUCGAUCAUUAAAUCCGAAGGUGAGUUAACGGAGAGGCAAAGGCCUCCACCCAAGCCCCCGGGCAUGAUCUUGCCAAUGAUCCCUCCAAAGCAGACAGCCGCCCCGAGGGACAGCAAGAAGCCAGAGCUGAAAACAGAAAAGGGAAAACUGUUCCAGCUGAAAAAUGAAAUGGGCCUGGAGUGCGGGCACAAGGUGUCAGCCAAAGAAGUGAAGAAGCCAAACCUCCGACCCACUGUCAAGCCAGCCAAGCCAAAAGCUGAGCCCCCAGAAGACAAGUCUGAGCCAAUGACCCAGAAUCCCUUCUUGAAAUCAAAACCUCAGAUCAGGCCGAAACCAACUGCAGCCCCCAGGACAGACCCACCUCAGGCAGAUGAUAAACUGGACAUUGGCAAUCUGAGAAGCAAGCUCAGACCUGCAAAGUCCCAAGAGAAACCCUCUGAGCAGGACCCCAUCCCUACUGAAAAUGUCUUCAAUAACAAUGUGCUCCCAGCAGAGGUUUCUGGUAGGCCUCAGGAGCGACCGAGCGUGGAGAACAGACCCCCAACCAAACAGGACAGCCAGAUCCCAAAGGAGGCUCCACCCAGAGCUCCCUUUAGCCUGCCAAAGAUGGCCGACAGUGAGCCCAAGAACAGCUCCCCGACUCCCAGAGAGCCGCCACUUCAGCGGCCAGUGGUGCCACCCAGGAGACCUCCUCCUCCAAAGAAAGUGGUAUCCUCCUCCUCUGGUCCCACUGCAGAGCUGAAAGCCCCACAGAGGGAAGUGCCUGAAAUCAGAGCUGCCUCGGUGCCUGGCCGGCCCAUGCUAGUUCCACCAAAGGCCAAACCAUUCCUGCCUGCUGUGUGCCAAGAUGAAGCCAAAGGGAAAAGCAGCUUAGGCCCAAAGGUAACAUCCAAGCAGGUGGAGAGAGGGGAAGCCAGGGAGAGGACAGCUGCCCCCUUCACCAAUCCAGAUAUCUCCAAAGAAGCCCUCUAUGUGGCUGUGGCAGAUUUUGAAGGAGACGAAGAGACCAGCAGCUUUAAAGAAGGGACCUUAUUUGAAGUUCGUGAGAAGAACAGCAGCGGCUGGUGGUUUUGCAAGGUCCUAACUGGAGGACCUUGUUGGGAGGGCUGGAUUCCCUCCAAUUAUCUAAGGAAAAAGCCAUAGUCUGCCCUCAGUUUACACAGUUGAAGGUUCCUGUUCUUUCACCCGAGUAUUUAAUUAGCUUAUUAAUUUAUAGUUUUCCAUAAUGUUGGCUUAAAAAUAUGCGGGAUACUGUACAUUCCAAUUUGUGCCAUUCCUGAGGCAGAAUUCAAGAAGCAGGUUUGACAUAACGCAGCUAGGCCUUCAUUCCUGCUCUGCCUGCUCCCGCCUUCAUAGGAAAUACUUUCCUCCUUUGUCCAUCUAUGGCAGCCCAGCCCCUGUAGAUGGACAUGUGAAGUUGUUUCUCAACAAGCUUCUUGGUGUAUGUUGGCUAACGCAGUUCCCUCCCUAUCCUAGAAAAAUUAUUGGUGCCCACUAGGCUUUUUGAUGCGACAACAGGGAAACCAGAGGAAAUUCAGCCACGAUCCAGGUAAAGAAGUGAAGCCAGCCCCACUCACCAAAUGGAAUCUGGAAUAACAAAAAGAGUUGCUUUUCCUUAUGGCUCAGGGUCACUGUUAAAUGUCUGAUACUGUAUUGCCAAGUCCAGCCAUACACAGGAACCACAGGAAACCAUAGGGACAAGGAGAAACAGUACUUCAAAAUCAGGUCCAUAUAGCUGUGUGUGCAUUGACAUGCUCACUCAGGCCAUGUGUCGCAGUCUAGUUAAGUUUGUGCCUUGCUUGCCUGUACCAUCAAACACAGUCCUUUUACCUCUUGUUUCCUGUACAAUGAUGGGUGUUAAUUUAAAUAUCAUUUUAUUUUUUAAAAAAGAUAAACUAAAAGAAUGGAGGAUCCUCUGUGCUGGGCCAGGGCCCUGCUCAGACUUGUGGCUGAUGGUGUUUCAGGCAAGCUCUGUCACAUUUCAUUUCAGUGGCUGGAGAGAACUAUAUGCAGCAUGGUUCACAACGGGCUUGGCAAAGACAACUCGGAUGAUCGUGGAAGAGAAGGGUGUGGGAGAAUGCUUGCACCCCUCUUCCCAGCACAGACUGCAACUCUGCAUUUCAGGGAAAUGGUUCCCUUGACCCCUGUUCCCAUGGUGCCCCAGGGCUGUCAGGCAGUAGCUAGAAGGUGGCUGUACUAUAAUGGGUGCUGGUAUCAUCUAGUACAAUUCAGAGUGUGGGCUUGGUCCCUGGAGAUGAAAAAGGAGGGGGGAGCAUGUGUGACUUUUCUGGUACUCAGGUGUUGCUGUUUCUCUUAGGCUUGGCUCUCCCUUGUUUUGCUUUCCUUUUGGGUGGGAGAAUAUAGUGCCUUUUGCUGAUACCUUGCUUCCCAUUUAAAGAGUUCUCAUCCGCUAACCAUGCUGGGCUUGUUAAACUCUCUCUGAAAUGGUUUAUCUGCCUGUUUCUUCAUCUAUCUUUCAAGCUGUUCUCGAGAUACUUCCACUGUGUCCUCCAUGUCUGUGCAUAUGUCGGUGUGCUUGGAGGUUUCACUUAAAAUAAAGUAUGUUUCAACAUUUUCACCCUCCUGCCUGCCUGGACUAACCCCUCUUGCUUGCAGUGUUGCUGAUUCCAGGAGGAAAGUAGAUUUCGUCUGAUUGGCUGUCAUUCCCUCACAUCCCUUUCUUUCCUUUUGUAUUCAACUCGCUGUGGAUUCAGCGCAGUGCCUUUUCUAUCCUAGAAGAGUUUUAAACCCCACUUUUGAGGAUUACCACUUGCUCCUUCCCACCUGCCACAUGCUAACUGUAGCAGUAAGCACAGCAGAGGUGACUCCACAGAUACAGUUUCCAUAGAUGGAAUUCUGCACAGGUUCCAACAAAAGCAAAGUCCAGCAGAAUCAGGUACUGGCAACCUUAUUGAUGCAGCGUGACAAGUCAUAUCAGGGCAUUUUGUCCCCGUGCACACAGUCCCAUCCCCUGGACAACUAUUCGUUUAACUCCAUUCCUAUUCAUCAAGUCUUUAUCACAAAGGUAUAUGUAGGAUUAUCAGUCUUAGUUUAUAGAGCACAAACUUAAUGAGAACCGUACUGUACCUGUCUAUUUCUCUUUCUCCAUCCCCCUCUCUCUUUUUUCACUUUGUCUAGAGCUUUAUAAGAUUGCAGCUUGUGGGUCAUGUGGUAACUAAUAAUCUCAUUGUUUUUGGUGACCCGUGGUAAAUACUUUAUAAUAGGAUCCAACAAUGCAAGGUAACUCGUGUAGUAUUGGUGAUGUGCUUAUAUACUCCCAGCAGAAUCAGGUAGCAAUGUAACCCUACAACGUUGCUGCAUUGCAUCUCUUUGCUUAGUUAAAACUCCUCCUUUGUGUAAAUAUGGAUGUGGCUGAUUAUGGGUUAAGAGUGGGCUGGGCAGCAGUAAAACUUUGUUCAUGUCUUCUUUGAGUUGUGAAGGUACUAGACAGAAUUGUGUCCCUUCUCUUUCACUAGCCUUGGGCUGCUUCUGUGCUGUCAGUUCGCAUACACAUACUCACGCUAGCUUGGUGAGAGAUAGCGCAAGUACAGACAGCAGUGUGGCCAUGGUAGCAUGGGCAGCGGCAUGGCUUAGCCAUCCUGAAUACGUACCUACAGGGUGCAGGUGGGUUUGUACUUGAACCAGCAAAUAUAGAAACUGUGCGUGCUUUCCCUAUGGUAUUUCAGCUCUCUCUGUCACCCUUAGACUUCAUUGAUCUUUGUUCCGUUUCAGUGAGACAAUGUCUUUGGUGCCAAAUUAGGGCUUUUUUCCCCUAGACUAAAUGCUGAGACUGUGUUAAUGAAUGCUUCAUGCUGUAGAACUCUUAAUACAUUGAGCCAGCUACAGUGAUAAUUACAGGAUUGAUCUGUGGUUACUGCACAGGCGUCACAUAGCUAUGGGUUAGUUACCAUCACCUGCUGUAUAAGUGGUGGUAACACUUCAAAGGACCACAAGCCCUAUAAACUAGCUGGCUUAGAGAACACAAAUAAUCGUCUAAUGCCCCUGCCACUUCCUAGUCUUUCCCAGACCAGGUAUUGCACCGCCCUGCCCUUGCCAUAUUUGAAAUCAGAAAGGGUCUCAGGCUGGCAAAGAGGAUCCCAGUGUGGAAGAGGCUGAGAACUUUACUACAUGACACCCUCCCUUUUAUCUGGGAUCUACAAGAAAACUCUUCAGACACAGAUAGUAUGGUUCAGUGCUCAGAGCAGGGGUUCUCUCCCUGUCUGUGCUACUGAAGCUCUGUCACCACAGGCAGGGCAUAUCACCUCUGUGCCUUGUUUACCUGUCUGUAAAAUGGGGAUAAUUCUACUGACCUACUUUGCUGGGGGAUUGGGAAGCUCAGUUAGCCAAUGCUUGCAAAGCACUUUGAGAACCUAAGCCAGAAGGCACUGGAGAAGGGCAGAGUUUCAUUUUAAAUAUGAUUCCCUGGUACCUUAGCAUUAAACUCCCCUAUUGUUACAAAGUACCUGCCUUCCAUGGAAAUCCUUCACCAUGCAGCUCAGCGAUUAGCAUUUGCUGUGUGGGUGAACAAUACUCUUACUUUCUGUAUAACAAACCCGGCUUUGCGGCUCUUCAGCUCGGUGUAUCGCAGGCAGGCUGGAGGCCUCAACUGCAAACUAUGGAAGACUGUUUGUUUGUCUCCUUAUACUAUGUAAACACAUAUAAAUCUCUACAUUACUGUGGGUGGGCGGGGGUGCCUGAGGAAGGUAGAUAUGGCCUAUGUAAAUGCCAUAUCU